AUGCCUCCCAAGAGGAAGUUUGCUGAGGUCGAAACCGCGCCAGCCGUGCCUCCGUCCCUGCCUCCCUCGGUGGAGGAGGCCUAUCGCCGAAAAUGCGUCCAGCUCAAGAACCGCACGAACGAAGUCGAAGAUGCCAACGACGCCGCCCGACUGCGCCUCGCCCGGAUAAAGCGCCAGGUCGAGAAGCUGAGGAUAGAGAGGGCAUUCUUGCUUGAGCAGCUGGCCAAGCGCACGAGCACAAACGUCGAGGAUUCCGAGGGCAGCCCGAGUCCUCCGCCCACGCCCAAGGACAAGCCUCUGCGCAUUAAGAGAGGCCACCGCAAGUCCGCCGUCAACGAUGCCGAUACCAAAGCCGGUGCCGCGGGUUCCUUCAAGGAACCGGGAUCUCCCGGCUCAGAGGCGCAGUCCCAUCCGCCCGAAAGCCAGGCCCAAGACGGCAAGUCUACGGCUAACGGCGUGACCAAGGCGUCCAAGAAAUCAGUGAGCGCCUUUGACGUAUACAGCGCCGAGAAGCGCCCAAUUCUCGAGGACAAGAACAAAGACGGAGAUGCGAAUAUCGACGAGGACCUUGCGCGGGACUGGGAAGAGCUGCCCGAUGACGCUAAGAGUGAAUAUCGGGCCAAGGCCAAGGAGCAGUCUCGAGAGUUGCUAGAGAAGGAGGACUCUAAGGACGCCGAGGACUCGAGCAAGAAAGAGGACAAGGGUGAUGCCGACGUGGACGUCGACGGUGACGGCGACGGCGACGGCGACAAUGAUGGCGAAGGUGAUGUUGAGGGCGAAGGUGAGGGUGAGGGCGAGGGCGAAGGCGAGGGCGAGGGCGAUGGUGAGGGCGACGGCGACGGCGACGGUAAGCCCGAUACCCAAGACGAAGAUGUAGAGAUGGCCAACUACGACACGGAGGACCAAGAGACCCAGAUGGACAAGGAUGGUGACGAAUAG